AUGAAUCCAACCACAGACAAUGCACAACAAUUCGAUAUAUUCUCUCAAAAUACAUCUUCUUCGAACUCUUCCAACCCUCCUCCCAAUAUUAAUCAAUACUCUCAUCAACUGAGUGAACAAUUAGGAGAUUUCUUUGGAGGCGAUUCAACCAACUCCAGUUCUGGAACUAUGAAAUCAUCGAUCCAACAUUCUGGAGUUGGAUCCAACAUUACGACUUCUUCCAUGUCGUUUAUGGAUGAAUUUUUAGGAGGAAAUAAUGUUCAUGCAAAUUCUACGCAGCAAAAUUCAAAGAUUGAAUCCGUGUUGAAUGCUUUUGAUAAUACACCACCAGAAUCUGAAAAGUGA